AUGGACAGGACACAGGACACUCUUUUUUGUAAAAAGGUUCCCGUUACUCUCAAGGCUGCUUUGGGAUUGUCUGCAUCUUAUCCAGCUCAAAAUUCAUCUAUUAAUGGCCAACCAUCGCCUGCAACUCCAUUUCCAUCCAACUUGCCCUCACAUAUUGGCGGACUUUCUGGUCUGCAAAUUCACACUAGCACUGCAUCGCCUUUGGCUAAUACUGUCAGCGAUGGUUCCCAUUUUCAAGAAAAGAAACAUUCUGGUAUUACCAUCAAUGUUUCCAUGGCUGCAAAGGCUGGUGGUCGUUUCAAGACCCUUGAAGUGCAGUUGACAGACGAAACAGAUCCUUAUUUUCUUUAUCAUCUGGAUAUUGCUGAAGAUGAUUUUCAUAGUUUACGAACACAGCAAAACCUACUGGUUGAUUUCUCUCAAUUUCCCAUCAAAUUCAUUGAGCUUUUGGAAGAGUGUAUUGCAGGAGCACUGGAUGAGCAUCCAAAAUUUUUAGCCCAUCUUGUCGCAGACUCGAAUGCUAAAUUUGCCACCUUUAAUGUGGUUGAAACAAACUCGUUCAAGCAUAUUAAUCACCUUUCCCUUCAAUUUAUUCCCGGAACAGAUACUGCCAUUAAGCAGUAUCUGGCUAGUUUAGUUACCGAGUUUAAAGCUGAAAAUAUAGCACUGCGAAACAAACUUUCUGAUACCGACGAUACACUUACCAUGAGAGUUCAUGAAGCUCAAGCUACUAUUUUGCGUUUAACCAAUGAACUAGACCAGAUUAAAAUAUCUCAUUCAAAUUUAAGUAGUCAGCUUAAACUAGAACACUCAGCAGACAUGUCCAAGGAGCGAGAGCAAAGCGCUCGUGAAAGAGAAUCUAUUCGAAUUCAGAAUGAAAAUGAGCGAAGAGACUUGGAGCGGAAACAUGAGUUUGAGCUGUCGUCUAUAUCCCAAAAAUUGGCUUUGUCCACCACAGCACAUUCAGAUUUGUUAAAACAUACUCAAUCCCUCGAGUCCACGCUUUUGACAGCAAACAAGGACAACAACACUCUUGCUUACGAGAACAAAUCCAUUAGUCAAGAACUAGAUCGUGUAUCUGCUUCGCUUCAACAAUCUCUGAAUCGUUGUGCUGAUCUAGACGGAGCAUUAAAAGCAGCAAACGAACGCAUUGAAAAUCUUGAGCAUAAAAAAAGAGAUACUGACGACAUCAAUCGAAAACAGCAAGACCAGUUGAGUCUACUGCAUGACCAAAAGGCAAAAUUGGAAGAGUCUUUAGAUGUAUACAAGACUCAAAAUGUUCGCUUCGAAGAAGGAAUGAAAAAAUCUCGCGACGAAAUUACCAAGGGAAAUGAGAUUAUUCGUAAGCUUCAAACCGAGCUGAAAGCGACCAAAACAAAGCUAAAGCUCAAAAAUGUUGUUACCCUUCAACAAGAACAACUUGUAACUGAACGUGGCAAUACAAUUGAGUCGUUUCAAAAAGAAAUUGCGUCGACAAAAGAAAUGCUGUCCAAGAAAAAUGAGGAGACUAGUACUCUUCGCGAAAAGAUCGAAGACUUGACCAAAAAGAUAGAAGAGGGUAAAGCAAUCAUUGUAGACAACAAUCAUGUAAUUGAAUGGCUUCACAAACAAUUAAAUGAUGAUGCGCUUAAUCGUCCAUUGACAACAACGCUUGCCAAUGGAGGUAUGGCUACUGGUGUUGAUUUUGACAAAUACACUAAUGCGACGGCAGCGGACAACGCAAAGCUCCGAUCGCCCACUGCUACGUAUCGCAGUCGUUAUCUUCCACAAGAUCAUCGCACUGUUUCUCCAGUUGGCCAAACUUACCAGCACCAAACUCAAUCACAAAUUCCGUCACAGUUUACAGCGUAUCAGCCAGCAGCCCGAACUACAACAUCGCCCUCGCCUGUUGGUCACAUUCCAGGAUAUUCCGCAAACACCAAUAGUACAGCUAUUGGUAGAACAUCGUUGCAAACUUCCUACACUCAGCGCACCUCUGCAGGUGCUUCUACAAGCGUUGGUGCUGGGAAAUUACUUUCUCAGAACAAUCCUACAACUGUAUCUAAAAUUGCUACUACUUCUUUCAACAGCGGAGCAGCAAAUGCUUUCACGUCACUGGACACUCGACAAGGCGGAGGAAAGCCAUUGACUGCAUCCCACACUACACCCAGUAGCUACUUUUAAUUUUUACACUUUCUAGGUUUCCGAAAUACAGAAUGGCUUGACAAUUUUAUU